AAAAGAUCAGGAACCUAUACCUCACAAUGAAGAGGCAAGCACAAAGAAAUCAAAUUGUUUUACACUACCUCGUAAAAUGAAAUUGGAUAUUGGAUAUUGGAGGAGGAGGGAUUUCGAUUGUUCUAAGGUCAGUAGCGAAUUGAUCAUAUGACCUCAGAAAAGGUAGAAACAUUCUUGAACCAGUUACCAACUGCAGAUAAUUCUACGUUGCCUGAACUCAUAUUGUCCAUCACUGAGUGUCCUGGUUUAUUCGUCUUUGGCGAAUUCCUCGACCAUCCGAAGAUUCAGUCUAUUGAGAAUGGUGAACUCUCUCAGUAUUUUGAUCUGAUGAAUUUGUUUUGCUAUGGCACAUUUGAGACUUAUGCUUCCAACCAUUCAGCAUAUCCGGAACUAAGACCCACCCAUAUUCGAAAAUUAAAACAGUUGUCAAUUAUCGAUGAGGCACAUAACCAGAAGCGCAUACCAUAUGACCUUUUAUUUAAAAAACUUGGUCUUACUUCAUCGAGGGAUUUAGAAGAUCUGAUUAUUGAGCUUUUUUACCUUGAAGCAAUAACAGGCAAACUUGAUCAGCAAAAAGCUUUACUGGAGGUCGACUCGGCUGUUGGGCGUGAUAUACGUAUUGAAGAAAUUCCCCAACUUCAUCAGAAGCUUGAUUCAUGGUGUAAUCAAGUUGAAAAUGUACUGGCUCAUAUUGCUAGUGAGAUAAAAGGAGUUAAUGAUCGCCGAUGUCAGGCAGAAAUGCAUCAAAAGGAAAUCUCGGAAGCCUCUCUGUCAAUCAAAGAGGCUUUAAGAGGUCAGCUAGCUAAGUCAGAUGCUCGUUGUGUACGAAUGGAUGUUGAUGACUUACUCGCUCAUCCUGACGUAUUGGAUAAUCGUGUCGAAAGUAGUCGUCAAAGCUCGAGUAAUGCUGAAAGUGGUGUUGGUGAUCGUGAUGGCCGCAGUAGGAUGACUGUCUUCAGAAAUCUUCGGCAUACCAAAUCAAGCAAAAUACAGUAAUACAAAACUUGCUUUGUUUCAAUCUGACCAUCAUUGAUUACGAAGAAUUGUUUCAGUGAUACUCGGGCAGACGAUGUGUCACUUAUUCACGAAAAGUAUAAUUUAUUACCUGUACAAUUUCCGCAUCCCAAUAUAUUUUUCACCAUUUUUAAGGUUUUUGAUGGUUGUUCAGAUGUUUUGAAAUUUUUCCGUGAUACCUGUUGUAUAUUUUGAGUGACAGAUCAAGUUUGACAAGGUUUCUUAGUUUGUGUCACCUAUCAUAUCAAGUCCCAGGAUUAUCAGGUGCAAGAAUUUCGCCUCGCCUCGUUUUCUUGAUUACUUAUCGACGACUCAUUCUAUUUCUUUUCACUUCCUCUUUUUGAGAUGUUACAAAGUUUGGCAACAUGGAUUGGUGAUGUUUUGAGUAAAGCUAUACUUUGAGUAGUUUCGAAUAAAAAGUUAGUUACUUCGUUCUUUGGCUGUC